AGCGGAAGUUGUUUGUUGAGGGUGAGCUUCCGGCCUGUGGCCUGUGGAUGGAAGUUGAGGUUUGGAGGAUGAGUCCGGAGCGAGUGUUACCCGAGCCCGAGGAUGACCAACAGCAGCCGCCGCCUCCGCCACCGCAGGAGAUGGGCCCGGGCCCGGGGACGGGUCCCGGCCAUUGGAGCAGCGAGGAGGAGGAGGAGGAGGAGGGGGAGGGGGAGGAGUCUGGCGGAGACCCCGAGGCCCCGGCUCCCGGCGGCGGGUAUCAGUAUCUGCCCCUGAGUCAGGAGCCUGGGCCUGGGGGAGCUGCCGAGCCCGAUAUCGGGGAGCGGCUGCAGGAAUUGCGACUUUAUCUCCCUGAAGCACCAGCGGACAGUGAUGAGGAGGAUGAGGAAGCAAUUCCAAGCAGUCGACAGUCUAUACCCAUGGACCCAGAACAUGUGGAAUUGGUGAAGAGGACCAUGGCUGCAAUCAAGAUUCCAAGCCUGGGAGUCCCGUCAUGGGCCCAAGAAAUCUCUGAUGAACAGUGGCAGUCUGUCGUUCAACAAACAAUAGAAACCAAGCGCUCAACAGUGGCAGUGAAGGACGUGGGGCAGCAAUGACCCAGGUUCUAUUCUGCAGCGUUACAUGAUGAGAAACCUGCAAUUGUAAGUGCAACAAACCAGAUACCUGGAAAAAGUCGAGUCUUUAUAGGGCUGUUGUUAGGGAUCCUCGCCAUCCACAGGGACCCUAACAGUGAUCCUGACCGCCUGUAGAGUCACUUUCAGUGAUCAUCACCGCCUAUGCGGACCUUGUCAGUGAUCCCGGCCGUCUGUGCGGACCCGGUCAGUGAUCCUCACCGCCUGUAGGGUCACUGUCAGUGAUCCUCACAGUCCCUGCGGACCCGGUCAGUGAUCCUCAUGGCCAGUAGCGUCACUGUCAGUGAUCCUCACGGCCUGUAGGUUCACUGUCAGUGAUCCUCACCGCCUGUAGGGUCACUGUCAGUGAUCCUCACAGUCUCUGCGGACCCGGUCAGUGAUCCUCACAGCCUGUAGGGUCACUGUCAGUGAUCCUGGCUGUCUGUGCGGACCCGGUCAGUGAUCCUCACUGUCUGUAGGGUCACUGUCAGUGAUCCUCACAGCCUGUAGGGUCACUGUCAGUGAUUCUCACAGUCUCUGCGGACCCGGUCAGUGAUCCUCACAGCCUGUAGGGUCACUGUCAGUGAUCCUGGCUGUCUGUGAGGACCCAGUCAGUGAUCCUCACUGCCUGUAGGGUCACUGUCAGUGAUUCUCACAGCCUGUAGUGUCACUGUCAGUGAUCCUCACGGUCUCUGCGGACCCAGUCAGUGGUCCUUACAGCCUGUAGGGUCACUGUCAGUGAUCCUGGCCGUCUGUGCGGAUCCGGUCAGUGAUCCUCACUAUGUGUAGGGUCACUGUCAGUGAUCUUCAUGGCCUGUAGGGUCACUGUCAGGGAUCCUCACAGUCUCUGCGGACCCGGUCAGUGAUCCUCACGGCCUGUAUGGUCACUGUCAGUGAUCCUGGCCGUCUGUGCGGACCCAGUCAGUGAUCCUCACAGUCUCUGCAGACCCGGUCAGUGAUCCUCACGGCCUGUAGGGUCACUGUCAGUGAUCCUCACAGUCUCUGCGGACCCGGUCAGUGGUCCUUACAGCCUGUAGGGUCACUGUCAGUGAUCCUGGCAGUCUGUGCGGACCCAGUCAGUGAUCCUCACUAUAGGGUCACUGUCAGUGAUCCUGGCUGUCUGUGCGGACCCAGUCAGUGAUCCUCACGGCCUGUAGGGUCACUGUCAGUGAUCCUCACAGUCUCUGCGGACCCGGUCAGUGAUCCUCACAGCCUGUAGGGUCACUGUCAGUGAUCCUGGCUGUCUCUGCGGACCCGGUCAGUGAUCCUCACGGCCUGUAGGGUCACUGUCAGUGAUCCUCACAGUCUCAGCGGACCCGGUCAGUGAUCCUCACGGCCUGUAGGAUCACUGUCAGUGAUCCUGGCCGUCUGUGCGGACCCAGUCAGUGAUCCUCACUGUAGGGUCACUGUCAGUGAUCCUGGCCGUCUGUGCGGACCCAGUCAGUGAUCCUCACUGUCGGGUCACAGUGAUCUUCACGGCCUGUAAGGUCACUGUCAGUGAUCCUGGCCGUCUGUGCGGACCUAGUCAGUGGUCCUCACUGUCUGUAGGGUCAUUGUCAGUGAUCCUAGCUGUCUGUGUGGACCCGGUUAGUGAUCCUCACUGCCUAUAGUGUCGCUGUCGGUGAUCCUAGCCGACUGUAAGGUUGCUGCCUGUAGGGCCGCUGUAGGAUCCUGGCUGUCUGUAUGAACACAGGCCUUUCCAGGAGAGCUAUUGUGUUUGUUGUUGUGCACAGCCAUGUCUUGAGGUUGUCCACUUGAUCACUUCCAACAGCCUGUUUCUUGUCUGAUUUGAAGGAAUUGAGAGUACAAGUCAUGUGAGUCUGACUCCCUCACUCAGCUUCCUUGUUCCUAGAGCAAAUCUGUAGUUCUUGAGGUGAACUUGAGAGCGUUCUAUUAGGGCAAGUUAAUUGGAACUCUGGUCCAGGCUUUUGAGUCAGGGCUGAAUUUAAGUAUUGCUCAGUGUGUGUUACACUCAGUCUUUGAUAGGAAAUCACAUGGUGAACAUGCGCUUGGCAAUGAGCAGAGACCAAAAGGUACUCACUCUGCUAUUGUCCUAAUAUACUAUCGUGAAAAUGGUGCAAGUGGUGAAAAAUUGGAAAAUCUAUUGCGGCUGAAUGACAUUAGACACUGGAAACAGUGCCUUUCUUGUCUUUGGAAUGCUCUGUUCCCAGGUGUUUUUUGGAUUAGACUGCUGGGUGUCUAUUGCAAUGACGGGACAACCCCAGGGGGACUAAGGGUUAAAUUCUGGAUGCAGCAAAAAAUUAACUAAUUACAGUUACCAGUUGUACUAAUCCACCACCACUUCCUAUCAUUAGCUGGUUAAUUUCACUUUGCCCUUUUAUACUCUGCCAAUCGUUAUUUUGAUAUAAACUGUUUAAUGAACCUUUAAAUUAACUUGAGCAAGUUCACAUUGACUCCACAAGGUAGAGGUCAGUAGUUUCUGAAUUGAGUUUUAGGGGAUGAAAUUGUCCAUGGGGAGUGAGACUGGAGUAUGUGCAGACAUUUCAUAGUAGACUGAGAGCACAUUGUGUUCCAAUCUGAGCAGUUAGAGAUACAUCAGAGGACAGUUGGUAUCAGCAAGUAGUGAAUGUCAUACUGCUGCUAGAUAGGGUGGGUGUUUUAUAUUUAACCCUGUGCUGUACCUAAAUUAAAAUAGACAAGUGAAACAAAAAUAAAUUGCUUGAGAAACUCAGCAGGUCUGGCAGUAUCUGUGGCAAGAAAACAGUUAAUGUUCCAGAAACACCUCGAUAUUCUAGAGGAUCACAGGACCUGAAACAUUAACUCUGCUUUCUCUCCACAGAUGCUGCCAGACCUGCUGAGUUUCUCCAGAAAUAUAUGUUCCUGUGCCAGACCUGUCCUGGGAAUGUUUGAUAGGGACAGUGUCGUGGGGAGUUUUACUUCUGUUUAAAAGAGAGAGCCUUAUUGUCUAUCUAGCCCAUAUGUAUCUGUCCAGCACAAGCAGUCAUGUGUUAAAAAAUGUAAAAUAUUUGUUACAAUAUCAAUAAAUGUUGCUGAUACUAAA